AUGUUCCAGGCGUUUGUGAUCUGUUUGUGCUUAUGGCGUCUGUUUGGUGUGUUUGGUGAAAUCAAGUCCGUGUCAGUGAUGGAGGGAGAAUCUGUUACUCUACACAAUGAGAUGACUGAAAUACAGAUAAAUGAUCACAUACUGUGGAGGUUUAGACCUGAAGAGAUUCUCUUAGCUUCAAUGCGUAAAAUGGAUAGAAACAUCUUUAAAUACCAUGCUGUUUGUGUUGUUGGUUAUAAUGUUGAUGAUGUGAGAUUCAAAUACAGAAAGCAGGUGAAUGAAAAGACUGGAUCUCUCACCAUCACAAACAUCACGACUGAACACUCUGGACUUUAUCAACUAGAUAUCAGAUCGAAAGUGGGAAAAAUCUCACACAGUUUCAAUGUUACUGUCUAUGCUCGUCUGCCCGUUCCUGUGAUCACCAGUAACUCUUCUCAAUGUUCUUCAAGCUGUAAAUGUGUGUUGGUGUGUUCAGUGGUGAAUGUGACACAUGUGACUCUCUCCUGGUACAAAGGAAACAGUUUAUUGUCCUCCAUCAGUGUGUCUGAUCUCAACAGCAGUCUCUCUCUACCUCUGGAGGUGGAAUAUCAGGAGAACAACAUCUACAGCUGUGUGAUCAACAAUCCCAUCAGAAACCAGACUAAACAUCUCAACAUUACUGAAGUCUGUCAGAUGUGUUCAGAUUGUGUCUUCUGUUGCAAUACUGUUGAAGCUGUGAUCCGAUUGGUCAUCUCUGCUCUGGUGGGCGUGGCUACGGUUGUUAUUCUUGUGUACGAACUUAGGUCACGAAAAGUCUUUGAACCGUAUAAUGGCCGUUUCUUCUGGCCGGGCAUUCACGGGGAUGUUCACAAGUGGUGUGCAUAG